GUAUAACUGUCAUUCCGCCAUUAUCAAAAGUCGAAUUCGCACAUUCGCAUCUUCAUACUCAUUCAACACGUCUGCCUUAUUUAUUCGGCAUUUCAUGCAAAAUUGUUAUACUUUUGGGUUCAAAAUUUCACUAGGUUAACCCGUGGUUGCAUCGUGAAGAGGUUGCAACUCGAGUACGCUCCCAGCCCCGCGAAAGUGAUAGACUAAGCAAACAGUCCGAAGAAUGUCGUCCUUUGGCGAAGGGGAUGUUAAGUUAUCGCACCGUACGAGAAAACGCGUCCGAGAGGUCAAGCGGAAGGCUAGGCCAGAACUUGCUGAUAAAGCUGCCUGGGUGCAGCUUGAUUACUACAGGAAGUUUGAUAAAUUUCGAGAGUUUGAGGAUAAUGUUGAGCGGAUUCACGUGAAGGACGUGAGUCCACAGGAAUUUAUCGAUCGUUAUGAGAGCGUAUACAAGCCGGUGGUUAUCGAGGGGAUACAGGACGGAUGGAAGGCACAGUACAAGUGGACUCUGGAGCGGCUAGCGAAGAAAUACCGGAAUCAGAAGUUCAAGUGCGGCGAGGAUAAUGACGGGUACAGCGUCAAGAUGAAGAUGAAGUACUACAUCGAGUACAUGCGGAGUACGACGGAUGAUAGUCCGCUGUAUAUAUUCGAUAGCAGCUUUGGGGAGCACCAUCGCAGGAAAAAAUUGCUGGAAGAUUACGAUAUUCCAGUGUAUUUUCGGGAUGACUUGUUCAAACACGCCGGCGAGGAAAGGAGACCACCGUACAGGUGGUUUGUUAUGGGCCCUGGUCGGUCCGGAACGGGCAUUCACAUUGAUCCGCUCGGUACUAGCGCCUGGAAUGCGCUCGUUGUGGGUCACAAGCGUUGGUGCCUGUUUCCCACCAACACACCGAAGGAGCUGCUUAAGGUUACCGGAGCUAUCGGCGGCAAGCAACGUGAUGAGGCAAUCACGUGGUUCAAUUUGAUCUACCCAAAGACAAAGCAGCUGGACUGGCCAAGUGAUUGCAAACCGAUUGAGAUUUUACAAAAACCAGGUGAAACGGUGUUUGUUCCAGGCGGUUGGUGGCAUGUUGUUCUAAAUAUGGAUGAUACGAUUGCCGUGACGCAGAAUUUCUGCAGCAAAACCAACUUCCCUGUUGUUUGGCAUAAGACGGUCCGCGGGCGGCCCAAACUGUCCAAAAAAUGGUUCAAGGUGCUUCAGGAAGUGGAACCGGAGCUAGCCAAACAAGCAGCGCAAAUCGAUUUAGGUCAAAGUACCGGUGUGGCCUCCGAUAGCUCGAGCAACUCUAGUUCCUCGUCUUCCAGCUCGAGCAGUGAUGAAAGCGAUAGCGAUUCCAACACCGACAGUGGCCAAGAGUCACUGUCGGCACACAAGACUAAGAAACGCCGAAAAGCGGGCGGCGGAAUGAUGGCUUGAUUACUACUGUAGGGGGUGGAAAAGGUGUUUUCUUUCGUUUUGUUUUUAAUUGCAAGCCAAUCACUUGAGAUUCAGAUAUUCCGUGAAACUUAAUUGGGGUUCAGUGUAUUCGACUAAAGCUUAAGAUUUUGAUAAUUUUUACUACAUCAACCGAGAUAAAUUGUCUUUAGAAUUACCAACCGUGCAAAAUAAGUGAAAAACAAGCCAAGUAUUAACCGUAAACUGAGAAUCACUAAUAUAAUAAUUUAUACGAACUAGAAAUCAAUUGACGCGUGCGCCACAAACGGAACAGGUUUAGCCAAAUUAGGGAAAGAGUAGAUGGCGUUGUUUUGUAAAACGCUUAGGAUAGGACAAACAAUAACCUCUCAAGAUACACAGAUAUCAGAUCAACAGCCUCAACAGGGUGCGGAAAAAUCACAACAAUAACUGUCUGCAUCAAAAACUAGAACAAUUACUCGUGUUCAAUUGCCUUGGACCGGCGCGGCGGUUUGCACCAUCAUCAAAAGAAAAAAAAAAAACAAGAAAGCGAAAUGUUAAAAUGAAUUGACGGUACUGUGCCUUGAGUAUAAUAGCGAAACUAAUUAAUCCAAACUAGAAAGCGAAAGCUGUAAUUCAAUGAUCUGCAACGAUCAUGGUGAAGUAAUAAACAGAAUCAAUUGGAAUAGACUCAAGCAACGUUUCACAGAAAGUGAAUUAAAAAUCAAAGCUGAUAUCAAAUUUAA